UUGCGAGCACACCUUUUUUGCGAUGUAGUAGAAUCAUCAGCUCUUCUCGCCAGAUUCUCUCGUCGCCCCACUUCCUGCUCGCAUUCAGUCAGUGACGAUAAUCCGCUGAACGUGUGAAGACUUUGUUUGAUAAAAGUAGAAAUCUAUCAACUAUCGCCGCCGUCUCCAAGACGUCAACGCUGCAGCAUCGCCGCUCCACCGUAUAAAGAAUCGUGGCUGGGCUUUCGUUCCCGUCGCGUGGAAGCGCGGUCGCCAUGCGACGCCCUUUCGCCAUGAGCGCGGACGGCGCGGGAAGCCUUUGGCUCGGCGCGCUGUUCGUGCUGACGAGUCUCGUAGGGGUUUCCCCCGUCCUUUCUGUGACAUACGAAGCCUCACAAGGUAUAUAGCAGAGGAGAAUCUGCAAGGGCCCAUUCCCGACUCCAUCAGUAACCUUGUCAACCUCACCGCGCUGUACGCCUCGCCCUGCCAUGCCGCUGCCAUGCCAUGCAGCUACCAUGCCCUGCCAUGCCAUGCCAUGCCAUGCCCUGCCAUGCCAUGCCAUGCCAUGCCAUGCCCUGCCAUGCCAUGCCAUGCCCUGCCAUGCCCUUCCAUGCCCUUUCAGCCAUGCCGCUGCCGUAUAAGGAAAUUUGCACCUUAUUUGUUUGGCAGGGAAAUUUGCACUAUACGGAAUAGUACAAAAAAAAAGCCCUCAGUCGUAACUUCUUUUAAGAGGCCUAGGCGUGUAAAGCCGUACCUCUACCGAGCUGUCCACAGAGGCUUGUGAAGCGUGUGCGGAUUGGUCCAAAUUGAUUGGAACUUCGUGUUCCACCAAAUCCCUUUCGCUGAGGUGUCCAGAAUGCGGCACAGUACCCGGUCCUCCUCUUCUGCUGCGCUGUCACCCCACUUGAUUCCUUUUACCCGGUCUACCCUGACGGCACCUCUUCCUCCGAGUGUACAGAAAAGUCCUGACCAACGAGCUGACAUCCACGUUGAUCAGAUGAAGCAACUUUUUAGGCUGCAACUUCUCCUUCCUGAAAACCGCAUCACAUCUGCCCACCCACAGACGAUGAACAGAGAUGGCUGCCACCGCUGCCUCCGGAAAACCCGACCGUGUGCAUGGUGGCUGGAAGAGCAGGUCUUCCAAGAUCUCUACGUGCCUCGAUGGGUUCACCAUCUUCAGCACUCUCUUCAUCACCCUCACCACCGGUUGAAACACCCUGCAGUCAAACAUGCAGUGCGCCAGUGUCUCUUCCUCUCCGCAGUGAGGGCACCUCGCCUCUUCCCCUAGGAAAGGAAGCCUCUCCCCCACUUGAAGAUUCAUACAGUGGACCCUCAGCACAACGUCCCUAGCCCGCUGAGGAGUGGCCAGUGAGUCACGAACCCGAAACGCUUUCUUCCAGACGAUACUUGCACCCCUCCUUUCUUCCCAUCACACCUGCUGCGUUGACUUCAUACUGCCUCCGACCACGCCUUUCCGCAGGUCCUUAAUCUGCGCAAUCUUUCAUUCGCUAAACAGCUUUGUGCUCAGCAGUCUCGCCUCUUGGGACCCCAACAAACCCAGGAUCCUUUCCUCCACUACCAGCAACGGAGUAACCUCUGUCGGCUCAAAAACUCUCUGCCAUGGUACAUCUCCUCACCUCAACAACCUUUCUACCUUGUUACAGAGCAGACAACCCUCGCGCACCUCUGUAACCUCCCACGUCCAGAUCGUAGGCAUCGGGUAACCAGCCGUCCUCACAAACUCCGUUGCUUGAUAAAUCUCUUCAGCUUCCAGCUUCUUUAGAUUCGACCUUUACAGGCCUCCAGUAAUGUUUUGAAGGCCUUUACCGCCACCUUAGCCAGGCCGAUGUCCCCCACAUCAGCACGAAGCAGCACACUGUCCUUUGCCGUUUAUCGACCCUGUGCUUCACAUUCAGGUCCGCUACCGUCAAACCCAUCAGCCCCUCCGCUCCCUUCUGUUUUGCAAAAGGCGUCUUCCCUCUGAUGCAUAUGUGCUUAUUGAAGGACAGCCACUCCUGCUCCACGUCCCACCUGUGACUCGCCUCGGGGACUUGUAUUACCUUGUUCUCCAUACACACUGCCGCCGUCUGCUUCCAAAGCUCACUCCCCCCACCCCAGUUGCUGAGCAGGGAGAAAUGAGCAUAAAGGGAAGCCCAUCCCAAGGGAAGAGCCACCGCUUGCCUGGUACACCUGCAGCUGGAAGAGGAGCACCGACAUCACGUAGCUGUUCCAGAUCGUUACUCUUGCCGAGGUGGUCAAAAAAUUGGACUGCCACUUCAUCAGCGUCUCCUUGACCCUAGCAAGAGCUUUAUCCUAGGUGGCUCCCGCCCCACCGCACGGUGAGAUCCAUAUGCCAAGCACCCGCUUUGCUUCGUCCCCUUUCAGCCACUUCAACCUAGACUUGCGCGGUAGCAGCGCUCUGACGUUCCUCCCGAGCGGCAUCAACGUCGAUUUGUUCGUGUUUGUCCCUUAUCCCGACAGCUCCCCGGACUCAAUUAACAGGACUUCCGCCCGCUGCAGCUGCUCCAUUCAUGAUUAGCAAGGUGUGGUCCGCAUAUCCCACAUACGCUAACCUUUGGUUCCCUCUCAACGUAAGCCCCAGACUCCUCCUCUCUGCUUCUCUGCAGAGCGGCUCCACGACGCAGAGGAAGAGAUACGGCACCAGCGGGCAUCCUUGCCUCACCCCCUUCGUGACCUCAAUCCGAUCUCCGAUUCACCCGUUCACCACCAGUUUGGUCCCUAAGCGAUCAUGCAGACCAGUCACCCACUUUAUGAACCGCUUCGGAAAUCCCAUCUUCUCCAUCACCCCGAACAAGAAACUCCGGUGGACUGAAUCCUAGGCCUUCUCAAAAUCAACCAGGAGAAGGUACCAGUCCUUGUCCCUGUUCCUGGCAGCUUCAAUGACGUCCGCCACAAUUGUUACUGCAUCCGAUAGCCUUCUACCUGCAAUGAAGCCGAAUCGCUCCCCUGAGAUGCAUUUGUGCAUGACCGACUUCAUGCGGUUCGCCAAGACCUUCGCCAAGAUCUUGUAGGAGGCAUUUAGGAGCGUAAUCGGACGAUAAUUCCCAAUGUCCUCUUCUCCCCCUUUCUUAUACAGCAGGAUUGUCUCAGUGCCACUUGCCUGUGGGGGGAGGUGGCCCGGGACUUCAAAAUCCCGCGCCAUCUUCCACACCGAGGGGCCCAACAGAUCCCACUGCCUCUGAAAGAGCUCCUUCGGCAGCCCAUCCAUGCCCGGCAACUUCCUGUCCGCCAUUUCCCACAGCGCCUGCUUGACUUCCUUCUAUGACCAAGGCUUUUCAAGUUCCACACCUUCAAGCACUCUCAGCCUCCUCCCUUCCCCCCCCAUCCAGGUUUCAGGCCGCUCCCGCUCCGUACUACCCUCGAACGCCACCCUGAAAUGCUGUGUUGCAACUUUCAGGAUGUCGUUCUGCGCCAUGACUGUCUUGCCGCCAUGAAGUAGCUGCUUAAUUCUUGUCCUCCCUUUCCGAGCUUUGAUCCUCACCGACAGGUACACCGAUGGGACCUCGCCUACCAACUCCAUCCCCUCCCCUGCCAGCAGCUGCAGCCUGCACCUGAUACUAUCUUCAUACGCCACAAGCAGUGACUCCUGCGUUGGCAGCUUUGCCUGCAGCCGUACAGAUGCUUGCCCACGCAUGACCUCCUGCCGCAGCACCGCCACACUCUGCUCGAAGUGAAGGCGAGUUUCUUUAACCCGCUUCCGCUCUUCAAGCACAUACAAUGAUAAGCCCGCUCUCAGCCUGUCUAUUAACUUGUCAUAGCAGUCAGAGCCUUCCUCCCGAUGCCUCGUGACCACCCGUUCCACUCUCAGUCUGACCCCUUCUCGGCCCGCGAAGGUCACUGGCAGGCGCCAAAUCCCUGGACCAAAGCCUCCUCGUGUCUUGUCUCGUAACAGGAGGAAGGCGCCAAAACUGUGAGCCAAAAUUCCCUUUGGUAUCAUAACAUGUCUCGCCCCCGCCACCAGGUGCAGUAUGGAGUGCGAGAUUAAACAUCUAUCAAUACGUGAGUCCCCUCCCGGUUUCUUGUACCGGUACGUGAACUCCUUCAGCGCCGGGUUGAAGUUCCUAAAGGUGUCCCCCAUGCUGAAGCUCGCCAGGAUCUGCAUCAACCUCCUGUUCUCCCCCGAUGAACCCACUCCCGUGGAUCUGUCCAUAUCCGGAUCCUCCACCAAGUUCAGAUCCCCCACUAGGACCUGGUGAUCUGCUGCCGAGAGAGCCGCUACAAAAGGAGCAAGGGCGUCCCAUAUAAAAAUCCCCCUGUCCGAUGCCUGUGCCGGGAAGUAGGCAGCAACCAGGAGCACACUUGAGUCCUCCCACUCCAAUUUGACACCAAGCAGUCUUCCAGAUGAGUGCGCCUCCACAUGCUUGAACACCAUCCCCUUCUUAAAACAGAUCACGCUAACCCCGCUCGCUCUCUACUCUGGUGAGGCAGCUGCAGUAGCCUCCGCCCCCAGAUCUGUUCAAAAUUUAUGGUCUGCCGCUAUCUUGGUAUCUGCUAGAACCACUAUGUUCGUUGUUUGAUGCGCCCAUGCUCCUAACUUGAUCCUCUUUCCCAUACUUCCCAAUCCGUUCACAUUAUACCCGUAGAUGGACAGCUGGGGAUUCCUAUCUAUGGACAACUGUUGCAGAGGGCCCCAAGCAUUCACAGGGCGCAUGAGAAGAUGGUGACUCUACUACUAACACACUACUACAUGAGGACAAGGCUACAGCAAGUUCCGGCAGGAGCAGCAAUACCCUAUUCACGCGGGUGAGGUUUGCUACGCAUG